AUGUCUAAGCGCACUGAAUCGGACACACCUACUGAGACCAACUUCGCCGACGAGAUCAGCAAGAAACCGCGCCUCGAUCUUCACGAGCAGAUCCAGCGCGCUGGCAUCCUGGCCACCCAGCUGCGUGAGGCGGCCAACAAGGAUCACUUGGAUGCCAAAGCAUGGACUGCAAACCAGAUCGCAACCGACGAGCUUGUCCGCAUCUUUGAGAACAUGCAAGAGAAGACCGCUGAUACCUCUCAGUCAGUUGAUGGCCUCAUUGCAGCUCAGGUCAAGCUCGAAGUCAAAAUCAAGAUGGACAUCCUCCAGCAGAAGACCGGAAACCGUGAUCGGCUUGGUACCGAGACCAACACUUAUCUUCUACCUUGGACGCCUGCUUCUAGAGAAUCUAUGGCAAUGGCCGCUCGCGAGAAGAUGGAGGGCGCUACUUCUGGAGACCUUGCUGCUCAAGUCACAGAGGCAGUUGAGUCGACCAUCGUUGAGAAGUUCCAAAAGGGCAUCGACAAGCAGCUGCGUGGUCUCAUGAAGUGA